AUGGUUCUCACUACCAUUUACUGGAACCUUGGCUCUUCAGAUCACUCUUCCUCGUCGACCUCUUUCGUCCGUUACCCCGUCAGUGCCAUCACAGGAGUCCCAUAUUCGUCUUUCUCUCCCAGCGCUUCCGAGCUCCUCCAGGCCAGAUCCCUCUCCCAGUGGCUGUCAUUAAUCAGAGAUGUCGGCUUCUACGAGGAUAGGCACAAUCCAUUCCAGAGCUUGAAAGACAACAAAGCUCGCAUGCAACAAUUUGAAGUCCAUGCUAUCGAUGCUCGCCUGCGAUCUUGGGCUCCAAAAGUCCAUAAUCGGUGUCCAAAUACCAACAAAUGCUACGGCGUCAGUUUCAAACCUUGCAUGGUACGGGAUCUGGGUGAGCACGCAUCUCAGGCGAGCAUGGACGAUCUAACAGAUCCAACAAAAGUCAAAGAUGUGUCUAAAAGACCAGGCAACACUGGUCUGGGUACCUCUAACAGCCUGUCACACAAUACUAUUACUGAAGGCCGAAUACGGCAAGUAAAAUAUGAAUGCCUGGGGAACUCUAUGAAUGUAUUCUCAUCCUGUCCACCUUGCCUCAUCGUGGGUCUGGUUUUUGAGCAAUACUCGAAACAUGGAUAUGAUGAGCUUCGGAAGGGUUACCUCGCUUGGCGCAUGACCUGGCACACAUUCAAAGCCAAUGCAAACCCCAAGUCUCUUGGAGGCACAAAGUCUAUCUUGAGGAACAUUGCCUCCAGGAGCUUACCAAAGCUGAACAUGUGGGGAGACAUUACAAAUACUAUACCCACCUGUCCUAUGAAUAUUUGA